AAAUCUUGGAGGAAAUGAAAAUUUGGUAGAUCUUAAUUUAAGUGGAGCAGCAAUUAAGGCACUACCGUCUUCAAUUCAACAUCUAAUUGGGCUUCGUUCUUUGGAAUUACGGGAUUGCAAGGAUCUUCAGACUAUUCCAAGCAGCAUUUGUAAUUUAACAUCUCUGAGUGAGAGUUGAUCUUUCAGGUUGCUCAAAACUUGAUAUAUUGCCAAACAACUUGGGGGAUUUAAUAUUUUUGAGAAAGCUUAAGGCACCAAGACUGCUAUAUGUCAACUUCCUUCCUCUGUUGGCGGUGGAAACAGAUAAGAUAUUUAGAUUUAUCUUCCUGCGCUUUAACAGAAAUUCCAGAACAUCUCUGCUGUGCAUCCUCAUUGGUAUCAUUAGAUUUAUGUGGAAACUCUUUUGAGACCCUCCCUACCAAUUUCAAGCAGCUUUCUCGGCUGAAAAAACUAUACUUAGAGAGUUGCAAUAUGCUUUUAUCAUUACCAGAGCUUCCAUUAUGUCUAGACUACAUUGAGGCCGUAAACUGCAAGCGGCUUCAUUCACUACCAGAGCUUCCCUCAAUCCAAAAGAUUAGAUCAUCCGAACUUGAAAGAGUAUUUGAAAACUGCAGCUCAGAUCCAUUUUUGGAUGUAAAUUUCUUGUUCACAAACUGCCUGAAUCUAAAUCAGAAAGCAUUCGUCAAUACUUUGGCAGAUUCACAACGAAGAAUUCAACUUAUGGCAACUACUUACUCAGAGUGGGCUACGAAAAGGAAGGUGAUGAGAUACCAACAGUCAGUUUAUGUUUACCUGGAAGUAAAUUCCUAACUGGUU